UCUGCGGCGUCUUGUUUUACCCGAGUGCAGCUCACCCGCGUCUUGGCCUCUAAAUCCCGAGCGGGCGGCGGAGGCGGAAGUGGCCAGAGCCAACAUCCGGCGGCAUCCAGGCCCCGAGGCCGCGCCCACGGCCCACAGCCACCUCGCGGGUCUUUCCGGGCCGGGGCAGCGCCCGCACGGUCACGUGGCGGCGGCGGCGGUGGCAGCGGCGCGUGCGCGUGCGACGAGGAGGCUCCGCGCCGGCUUUUUUCCCUGUGUUGACCAAUUCCAUUUUCUUCGCUGCUGGCUGCGAAGACCACACCCUUCUUAAGGCAGGCCCGAGGUUGCACUUAAUAAGCAGGAAUCUACUGCACUAAAGGAACAGAAAGUGAACCAAGUGAAGCUGUAGUGCCCUGAGCACCUAAAGUGGAUAAAGGGCCGAGGAGACAGAGGCAGAAGACACCCAGUUUUUCCUUAUGAUAAAGACAGUGUUUGGCUAAUGAGCAAGGUGGUGAGGUCAUCCAGUGAGUCAGAGGGACAGAUCUGGGAAACAGAAGAGGAUGAUGACAUGACAGAAGGUGAUUUAGGGUAUGGCCUCGGAAGAAGAUCUGGUGGUGUUUAUGAAGUUUCACAUUUAUUUACAUCCAGAAAAAGAUCAGAUGGAAAGAACUUUAGCCCUCCCCCACUUCCAAGAAAGGGGAAAGAAAGAAGUGAAGCCGUUUUUCAGUAUUCCCAGCAUAAGAGCUUGCAAGAUACAUACCUUCAAGGGUCCAGAAUUGCCAGUUACAGACGACAAAGUAGUACAGAUUCUAAUUCAGAAUUGUCAAAUGAAGAAUUAAGGCAACGGCUUCAUGAAACCUUAGAGGAGGUAGAAAUUUUAAAAACUGAUCUUGAGGCAUCUCAAAGACAACUUGAAGGUAAAGAGGAAGCACUGAGAAUUCUUCAAAGCAUGGCAAUACUUGGCAAAGCUACAAGUCAUACCCAGGCAGUGCUUCAAAAAACUGUGGAACAAAAGAGAUCCUUGGAGAAGGAAAUAAAUGCCUUGCAGUGGGAAAUAGAAUUUGAUCAGAAUAGAUUUAAAAAUAUGGAGGAAUCCUGGACCCAAAAAUAUGACAGACUAAACUGUGAAAACUCAGUCCUCAAAGAGACCUUGAAGCUUAAAACAGAAGAAAUUAAAAUGUUAAAGUCUGAAAAUGCAGUUUUGAAUCAACAGUAUUUGGAGACACUCGCGAUGCUCGAUAUCAAACAGCAGAAGGUGGCUCAAGAAAACAUGCUCCAUGAUAAAAGUGGCUUUACAGAAAUUUCAGGUCUUGAGCUUGCAGUCCUUGGAGCCUGCCUUUGUCACAGUCCUGGAGGCAGACCCUGUUCUUGUGCCAGAAUGGCAGCGUCCACUCGGAAACUGCUUCUUCAGCUCAAACAAGAGUUGGAACUUUUGCAGAAGAGUAAAGAAGAAGCGUACAUAAUGGCAGAUGCAUUCAGAAUUGCAUUUGAGCAACAAUUAAUGAGGAAAAAUGACCAGGCACUAAGAUUGACACAAAUGGAUAAAAUGUGUUCAAAAGCUGCAAAACGGAUAAAUUGGAAGCACCUUAAAGAGGAUGGAUUUUCAUCACAAAAGAGUAAGAAGACCUUAGGGAAGAAACUGUUGGGUAUGUUCCCAUCAGAAAACAGUGUUAAGAGGACUGAAGACCAGGAUAAUCCUCAAGAAGUCCUUAAGAUGCUUAUAGAUUUGCUGAAUGAUAAAGAAGAAGCUUUGGCUCACCAAAGAAAAGUUAGUUACAUGCUUGCUCGGGCCUUGGAAGACAAAGACACUGCCUCAAAAGAGAAUAAAGAAAAAAAUCCUACGGAACAGAAUUUCCCAUUCAAAAACCCCGGGCAUAAAACUUCAGAAUUCUCUGUUUUGUGUGAUGCUGUACAUUCACAUGUCCAGAUUUUUAAUUCUUCGGGCUGUGUUUGUUCAAUCCAGCAUCCUCAAGCAGAUCCAUACUUCACAAGAACUCUUAAAAGAUCCUGUUCUUUGCCAUCAAGUUUCAUACUUUGAAGACAAACCAGUUGAAAUUGGAACUGAGAGCUGUUUAUAUCAAGAGACUUUGAAAAAAGAUUGUGUAAAUAUUGCUUGCUACAUCUUGAGAAGUCGUAUGUUUUCUGAGUUUUUCUAAAUUUUAGGAGGCAACUUACCUGGAUCAAACUUUUUCUACAUUUUCUACAGGAAAUAUAGUAGUAGUAUUCUGUGUUGACAUAUUUUAUUUAUAAAUUAC